AUGCAAUAUCAUGAUAUAAAGUCUAAACCUCUAGUUCAGCUAAGUAAAAAAUAUAAUAUAUCAAAUACACUAGAAGACAAGAUACAUGAUACUAAAAUUAGCAAAUCUACUGAUCUAGCUUUAGAAGAGAAUGUUAUUUCAGAUAGUAAAGCAAAAAAGACUGAAAAAAGAAAAUUAAGAUCAAAGAGUGUUUGUAUCUCUGAUUCUAUUUUAUCUACUGGAUUUUCUGAAGAUGUAUUGGAUUUGUAUAAGAGAACUGCUUCUGAAAUAGAAAAAAUUAGAGCAUCUGAUCAUAUUCUUAUUUUUAAAUGA